AAGGGUUGCUACAGAACUUGCAGGCCACCUCCACUCUCCCUUUGCUUCCCUCUGCCCCUAAGGUCGGGUGGGGACAGGCUGGGGCCACCAGCCAGCUCCAUGGACGGGGACUUUGCCUCUGCUCAUCUCCCAGCUUUGGAAAGAAAAGAAGAAAGGUCUGUGUUGCUCUGCAUCUGGGGGAUCCUUCCCCCUCCUAAACUUCUGGGGGCAGAAAAAGUGAUUUGAACUUGGAUUGAUGACAGAAGAAGGGACAGAAGGAGCCUAGAGCAUUACCCCAGAUGUUCCAGCUGUGACUUCUCCACCACCCCUUGAUGGGACCAUUGGAAAGGCCAUCCACUGGCUGGAUCCACAAGGAAGCAGAGAUGCAAAUUGGUCCCCAGCCUGAUGAGAAGAGCCAGGGGUGGAGGUCCAGAGACAGGAGCACUGCCCCUCCUCUUCUCCCCCCAGCCCUGUCCUUCUUCCUCCUCUUUCCGCUGGCCAGUGCCCUACAGCCCACCUCACUGCCCUUUCCAGAGCUGAGGCUGGUGGGGGGCCCGAGUCGCUGCCGGGGGCGCCUGGAGGUCCUGCAUGGCGGCUCCUGGGGCAGCGUCUGCGACGAUGACUGGGACGUGGUGGACGCCAACGUGGUGUGUCGUCAGUUGGGCUGUGGCCUGGCAUUGCCUGUGCCGCGGCCCCUUGCCUUUGGCCAGGGCCGAGGCCCCAUCCUGCUGGACAACGUGGAGUGCCGCGGGCAGGAGACUGCACUGAGCGAGUGUGGCAGCCGAGGCUGGGGUGUCCACAACUGCUUUCACUAUGAGGACGUGGCAGUCCUGUGUGAUGAAUUCUUGCCCACACAGCCCCCAACAAGGAAAGUCUUAACUAGCAAGGCACCCCCUCCAACUCUCCAGAAUGGAAAAGGUGAGGGCAGCGUGCGCCUGGUCGGGGGCGCGGGUCCGUGUCAGGGCCGAGUGGAGAUCCUGCACGGUGGCCUGUGGGGCACUGUGUGCGAUGAUGACUGGGGGCUCCCGGACGCCACGGUGGUCUGCCGCCAGCUGGGCUGCGGGGCGGCCCUGGCCGCCACCACCAACGCUUUCUUCGGCUACGGCACGGGGCACAUCUUGCUGGACAACGUGCACUGUGAGGGAGGCGAGCUCCGUCUGGCAGCCUGCCUGAGCCUGGGCUGGGGUGUUCACAACUGCGGCCACCACGAGGACGCCGGCGCGCUCUGCGCAGUCCUGGGCCACCCGACUCUCACAGCACUAACACCCUCAGCCACAAGAGAGGACUGGGCAUGGCACACAGAGCCAGAAGCUACAGGAGUUGGUGCCCUGCCUUCCAAGGAGCCAGCACUGUUCACCACAGCCGCCUGGGCCGCAGGGAAGAAAAGCCCAGAUGAGCUAGUCCAGCAGGAUGGUUCUGAGACCACGCGGGUUCCCACUCCUCGGCCCAGGGACGGUCACCUACGUCUGGCCAACGGAGCCCACCAAUGCGAGGGCCGUGUAGAGCUCUUCCUAGGGCAGCGGUGGGGCACUGUUUGCGAUGAUGCUUGGGACCUGCGGGCAGCUGGUGUCCUGUGUCGCCAGCUGGGCUGUGGUCAGGCCCUGGCAGCCCCUGGUGAGGCCCACUUUGGCCCAGGCAGUGGGCCUAUCCUCCUGGACAAUGUCAAGUGCCGUGGGGAUGAGAAUGCCCUGCUGCUCUGCUCUCACAUCCGCUGGGAUGCCCACAACUGUGACCACAGUGAGGAUGCCAGUGUCCUGUGCCGACCGUCGUGACCUGACCCAGCCCACUCUGCAGACUAACUCUUCUGGGAGCCUACUGGGACCUGUCCCUCCUCCUCCAAGAAGUCCUCCUCUUGUGACAAUUGCAGUUCACUCUGCCCUUCCCUCCCCUUACCUGGGAGAGAGCCUACUCAGACGGUGUGGUCCUGCCUGGAAUAGCCUGGCUCUACUCCAUUAACUUAGUGUAUGUCAUCCUCUAUGUGGGCCCAGUUCAAUGAAAGCUCCCAUUUCCUGCUCAGCUAAAACAGAAAAUAGUGGGAAGGGAAUAACUCCUAACUUUCCUCUUUGGUGGGAUUCCUGUUACAACACCCCUAACCCAGCCUUCCUGGACCUUGGUCCAGGAGGUUCAGGGGCUCUCUGUAAAUUGGGCAUCUCCCUUCCCCCAACCCAUCUGAGAUCCCCAAGAAGAGGGCAGGCAGGAGAGGCCUACAGCUCUUACCUUAGACUCCCUAGGGCUGCAGAAGAACCUGGGUCAUGGCCCUGGCCUGCUCCGAGGGGGCCUAGACUCAGAUGGUGCUUGGCUGGACAAGGGGACUGGAGGGGCCAAAGCAGGGACAGUGGCCCCUCCCUGCAGCUGGAACCAGCAUCUCUGAUUUACGCUGCUCCCACCACAGAACCUCCACUUUGCAGAUGCAAAGAACCCUGGGGGCCUGUAGCCACCAGUUCAUAGGUGCCAAGUCAAUAAAGCAUUGUCCCCCCUGUCUUUUAA